UACCUCAACAGGAACUGACGUUGUGUCUGCGCGAGCGAGUGGAUGGAUAAAAAUUGCAGCUUCAGAAAAAUGGCUACAAACAUCGUACCGCUAAAAGGUGUUUGAAUAAACAAAUCUCCCGUCUGACCCAUUUGUCACCCGUGCUGACUACAAACUCGACUUACAUGGCACCCUCAAAUUGACAUCAUGGCCCAGAUAUCCAGUGGUAAUGGGUUCAAGCUGGACGUGACCCAGCCCAUGGGGGUUGUGGGUAAGGAGGAGGCCCUUCGCAUGGAAGCGGAGGCCUUAGCGAAACUACAAAGGGAGAAGAGACACACGCUCCCGGCGACCCCCACCACUGCCGCUCCAAGGCCCACUCCUUCCUCCAGCAGCCGACCAGAGAAGGACCUCAUAGUCUUCCCCGAUACCAAGAAGCAGGCGGAGAAGGACAAGUUCCAGGACAUCGAUGUAGACAAGCUGACCAAUGAGGAGCUGGAGAAGCUCCUGCUGGACGACAGCUUCGGGGCCAACAGCGGCAAGGCCUCACGGCCCUCCUCGCUGCUGGGAUUCAACCUCAGCGCCUCCUACCCGGGGGGCCAAGCUACCUCUCCCUUCCCCAACGGCCAGUGGACGCCUUCCAUCCUCUCCACCCCCUCCGGCUCCGGCGUGUCCACACCAACCCACCAUCAGGCUCCCAUGUUCCCCUCUGCUCCGUUCCCCAAGCCCCAGACCUGCUCCUUCCAGAAUGGCUUUUCUCCAGCCAUGCCGCCCUACAUGGGCUUGCCUGGCCCGCAGACCUCCUUCAUGGCCUUCACUCCUAUCCAGCAGCCCGGAGCCAUGGUGUUCCAUCAGCCCACUGUCACACCGGAGAUGGCCAAGCUCUUCCACAAGAUCCACAGCACCUCGGAAUACUUGAAGAACGGCAGGUCAGCCAGUACUGACCUGGAUGCUGCACCGACCUGUGCCGUGUCGCUGGCGCCCAACCCACCGCCAUCUGCCGUGGAACCACUUGCCGUCAGCCGCUUCGAGUGGCUGGACCUGGACCCGCUCAACAGGUGCAAAGCUGAGGGUGAUGAGGGCACCUCACCGGCACCGAGCGGCAACGUGACUGUAGUGGGAGGGCCAGCCGGCGGGGACCCCUGGGACGCCGUGCUGCUAGAUGAGACUGAGGGAGGGGCUGGCGGCAGCAGUCCACCAACUGAGGUGAAGGGUCAUCUCGCAUGCCGCUCUCAGCCUCGGCAGUUGUCGGUAGGGGUGGGGGUCACCAGGAGCCACUCCCUCACCAUCCCAGAAUCCGCUUCCCAGCACAAGCCAAACAAUCAGCACGAUAAGAGACCUGUGAGAGUACUGUACACCGCCCUGGAGGAGAAGGAAGCCCAGAACCUAGAAGUUGUAGCCUUCUGUGAAGACGUAGCAACCCUGAGGUCAAAGUUCACCCAUGAUGACCUCCACACCAACCCGGGGUAUGUGCUGAGUGCAGUCAUCCCUCAGAGGGAUGGGGGCGGGGACAAUGGCUGUAGCGUCAAGGUGUCCAUCGAGAUCUCAGAGUCCCAGGAGCCUGUCACCUUCACCUGCGACGUGAGUUCUCCUGUGGAACUCCUCAUCAUGCAGGCCCUAUGUUGGGUUCAUGACGACCUCAACCAGGUGGAUAUUGGCAGCUACGUCCUCAAGGUCUGCGGCCAGGAGGAGGUGCUGCAAAAUAAACACAGCCUGGGCAGCCACGAGUAUGUACAGAGCUGCAGGAAGUGGGAAGCAGAGAUCAAGCUCCAGCUGCUCUCCCAGAGCACCAUGAGAAGGGAUCUGGCACGAUCGGCGGAAGAUGACUCCUCUCCGGUGGACUUGGAGAGGCACCUGAGCCAAGUGGAGAGGCUGUUUAAGGAAAAGGUCACCAGGCAAGGCCUGGCCGACUAUCUGGAAGGCUAUCACAAUCAAGUCAACAUCUGCCUGCAGAAUGAGAGUACCCAGUAUAAGACUGUGGAUGGGGUGGUUCAGAUGGUGAAGAACCUGUGCUGUGCCCUGGAUGAGGUAGAGACCCAGGCCAUCACGGAGGCAGUCAAGAAAGUCAAACGCUCAGUAAACCUCCCCAGGACACGCUCGCCAGAGGUGGGCUCCAAAUCCUUAGGUGGCUCUGCAAAUGGUCACCUCAGCCCCGUAGAGGAGAGCAUGUGCUUCCUGACAGAUGCCGUCUAUGACCUGGCCAAGCUCUACCUGCGCUCCUUCUGCCCCGCCUCCUCUUCCUCUAGCUCCUCCCCUGACUCCUCCUUAUCCAUCUCCCAGCAUGCCGAGGGGGAGUCUCUUGUGGAGGGGCGUAGCUGUAAGGAGGCCUCGGGCACCACUGACCACCUGCAGUUCACCCUGUUCGCCAUGCAUGGCAUCCCUGCCGCUUGGGUCAGCAGCUAUGAGAAGUACUACCUGAUGUGUGCUCUGACACACAAUGGCCGGAACCUGUUCAAGCCUAUCCAGUCCAAGAAAGUCGGCACCUACAAGAGCUUCUUCUACCACAUCAAAUGGGACGAACUGAUCAACUUCCCAAUGGCGGUGGCCCUGCUUCCAUUGGAGUCCAUGCUGACUCUCUCUCUCUUCGGGGUUCUGAACCAGAACGUCAGUGGCUCCCCAGACUCCAACAAACAACGCAAAGGACCAGAGCUGCUGGGCAAAGUCUCCCUGCCCCUAUUUGACUUUCGACGGGUGCUGAUGAGUGGGACCAAGCUGCUGUGUCUGUGGACGUCUCCUCAGCCUUCCUCUGCUGCAGCCGGGAGCCGGAGGAAGAACCUGGCUGAGAGGAUCAUACUGCAGGUGGACUUCCCCAGUCCAGCGGUGGAUGUGCUGUACGUGGGACCCCAGGAGAGACCCAGCCCUGAUCCAAACACCCUGGAGGAGCUUGACCCUGACCUGCGUCGCCAGGUGGACAAACUCUGCAGCCGAGCCUCCACCUUCGGGUUGACGCGGGCCGACCGCCAGCUGCUGUGGGAUCAGCGGCAUCACUGCCGGGCCCACACCCAUAGCCUGCCCAAGGUGCUGGCCAGCGCCCCCAGCUGGGACUGGGGCAGCAUGGCUGAGAUCCACUCCCUCCUCCAUCACUGGCCCUCGCUUCAACCAGUCUGUGCCCUGGAGCUGCUUCACUCUAAGUUUGCUGACACAGAGGUGAGGAGUGUGGCUGUCGGCUGGAUCGAAUCCAGCAGUGAUGACGAAUUGGCCGACUACCUGCCUCAGCUAGUGCAGGCCCUGAAGUUUGAGUGUCACCUAAAGAAUGCCUUGGUCAUGUUCCUACUGUCCAGAGCACAGGGCAACGUCAGUAUCGCCCACUACCUGUACUGGCUACUGAGAGAUGCAGUUCUAGACCCUGCGUUUGGCCGGAGGUACGACCAAGUGCUGGGGUCCCUGCUGUGUCUGUGUGGGGCCGGCCUCCGGGAUGAGCUGGACAAACAGACCCGCCUGGUCACUCUGCUGGGGGAGCUGGCCGAGAAGGUCCGGCAGGCCGGGGGCUCCACACGACAGGUGGUGCUCCAGGAGGGUCUGGAGAGGAUGCAGUCAUUCUUCCAGAAGAACAGCUGCAGGCUGCCCCUCAGCCCCAGCCUGGAGGCCAAACAACUCAAUAUCAAGUCGUGCUCCUUUUUCAACUCCAACGCGGUGCCCUUGAAGCUGGCCCUGGUGAACUCCGACCCUCUGGGAGAGGAGAUCAACGUCAUGUUCAAGGUGGGAGAGGACCUGAGGCAGGACAUGCUGGCUCUGCAGAUGAUCCGGGUCAUGGACCGCAUCUGGCUUCAGGAGGGACUGGACCUGCGCAUCGUCAACUUCAAAUGCAUUUCCACCGGGAAAGACAACGGAAUGGUGGAGCUGGUGCCGUCCUCCGACACCCUGAGGAAGAUCCAGGCGGAGUACGGAGUGACGGGCUCCUUUAAGGACAAGCCCCUGGCGGAGUGGCUCCGCAAGUACAACCCCGCUGAGGACGAGUACGACAAGGCUUCGGAGAACUUCAUCUACUCGUGUGCGGGCUGCUGCGUGGCCACCUACGUGCUGGGUAUCUGCGACCGCCACAACGACAACAUCAUGCUGCGUUCCACCGGUCACAUGUUCCACAUCGACUUUGGCAAGUUUCUGGGCCACGCCCAGAUGUUCGGCAGCUUCAAAAGGGACCGUGCUCCAUUCGUGCUUACCUCUGACAUGGCCUACGUGAUCAACGGGGGAGAGAGGCCCACCAGUCGCUUCCAGCUGUUUGUGGACCUGUGCUCCCAGGCCUACAACCUCAUCCGCAAACACUCAGGCCUCAUCCUCAACCUGCUCUCCCUGAUGACGUUGUCAGGCCUACCAGAGCUGACGGGAAAUCAGGACCUGAAGUAUGUAUACGACGCUCUGCAGCCCCAGACCACCGACGCAGAGGCCACCAUCUUCUUCACCAGGUUGAUCGAAUCCAGCCUGGGCAGCGUGGCCACCAAGUUCAACUUCUUCAUCCACAACCUGGCCCAGCUGCGCUUCUCUGGCCUACCGUCCAACGACGAGCCCAUCCUGUCCUUCUCCCCCAAGACCUACACGCUGAAGCAGGAGGGGCGCAUCCGCGAUGCCUCCAUCUUCUCCUUCCAGAAGAGAUACAACCCCGACAAGCACUACACGUACGUGGUGAGGCUCCUACGCGAGGGGCAGAGCGAGGCCCAGUUUCUCUUCCGCACCUUCGAUGAGUUCCAGGAGCUCCACAACAAGCUGUGCAUCCUCUUCCCUCUGUGGAAGCUGCCAGGGUUCCCUAAUAGGAUGGUGCUGGGCCGUACCCACAUCAAGGACGUGGCGGCCAAGAGGAAGAUUGAGCUCAACGGUUAUGUUCAAAACCUGUUGAGGAGUUCCACAGAGGUCACACAGUGUGAUCUUAUCUACACAUUCUUCCAUCCGAUCGCGAGAGACGACAAGACGGAAGGAUUGGAGACGACGGCCAGAGCACCAGAUAAGCCCCCGUUGAGUCCCAGCUCCGGCAGAGUGGAGGGGGAGGUGAAGCUGUCCGUGUCCUACAGAAACAGCACACUCUUUAUCAUGGUCAUGCACAUCCGGGACCUGGUAUCUGAGGAGGGGACAGACCCUAACCCCUAUGUGAAAACCUACCUGCUCCCAGACCCCCACAAAACCUCCAAGCGCAAAACAAAGAUAUCCAGGAAGACCAGGAAUCCCACUUUCAACGAAAUGCUGGUGUACAGUGGCUACAGCAAGGAGACCCUGGGGCUGCGGGAGCUACAACUGAGCGUGCUCAGUGCCGAGUCGCUGAGAGAGAACUGCUACCUAGGCGGCGUCACGCUCACACUCAAAGACUUCGACCUCAGCAAGGAGACGAUCAAGUGGUACAAGCUGACUGCCGUACCCUACUUCUAGAUGACUCCACCUGAGAAAAACGCUGCUUAUCAAGAAAACUCGAGAUACACCUAUUUAAGGGCAGCGGAACACCCCAGGGUGGUGCCUCAAAUCCUCCCCCUUCCUCCUCAAGCUCAAGACCCUGUCCAGAACCCACCCCUAGCCCCUUUAGGACCUGUCCAGAAACCACCCCUAGCCCCUUUAGGACCUGUCCAGAAACCACCCCUAGCCCCUUUAGGCCCUGUCCAGAAACCAGUCCUAGCCCCUUUAGGCCCUGUCCAUAAACCAGUCCUAGCCACUUUAGGCCCUGUCCAGAAACCAGUCCUAGCCCCUUUAGGCCCUGUCCAGAAACUACCCCUUACCCCUUUAGGCCCUUUCCAGAAACCACCCCUUACCCCUUUAGGCCCUGUCCAGAAACCACCCUUAGGACCUGUCCAGAAACCACCCCUAGCCCCUUUAGGCCCUGUCUAGAAACCAUCCCUAGCCCCUUUAGGCCCUGUCCAGAAACCAGUCCUAGCCCCUUUAGGCCCUGUCCAGAAACCACCCCUUACCCCUUUAGGCCCUGUCCAGAAACCACCCUUAGGCCCUGUCCAGAAACCAUCCCUAGCCCCUUAACCCUUUUGUUAGAUCUCAAAGAAUGAUAAGCAAUAUGGUUGUAGCACCGACCUUUCAGCUCUACACAAGUGCCUAGAUAGAUGGGGGCUAGGGGUUUAUUCUGGGUAGGGCCAUUCUCUCUCUCUCCCUCACUAAUCAAGGUUUUUUUCUCAUUGUUUGCUUCAAUCUCCACUUAUUUAGUUUGUCCUAAACUAUAACACAAGAGCUGUAAUGUUUUGUAAAUUUUGACAUUCGAGGACCAAAACAUCUUACCUUCAGAAGAGUAUAUAUAGAUUGACACUUUUUUAAAACAUUUUAUAGUGGCUCAUUUUUACAACAAAAAAAUAAUUAUACGUAAACAAAUAGGAAGAGUCUGGUUUCCUGCUAAACUAGCUGAGAACGUCUGGGAAUUUGCCCAUCACGAACCAGACUCCAGGAAAGAGUGUUCUUGUGUUUCCCAAUCACAUGCCAAAAUAACUGAUGAUGGCAAACCACUCUCCCAAAGGGGAACCGAUCAUGGUGCCUUGUUUGUGUUCACAAUCUCUUAUACACUCCACUUUAGCCUUAUUGCAAUGUACUUUAUUUAAAAAAAUGUGAUAUUCCAAUUGAAAAAAAUGUAUCUAUUCUGUCAAAUAAUGUCAACAGUUCUCAGUGUGAGCAGGGUUGUGGACAAGCAUCAGAAGGUGUUGGAAUGGUCACCUCCCACUUGUAUGCACACUACCAUAUAUUUAAUAUGGUAAAAACUUGACUUUUCACGGCACACUUUUGGGGAAGACAAGUUGCCUCAACGCUGAUCCAAUGCCAGUUUUUAUUUCACCUCUUAUUGGUUUUAAGGGUAGAAUUUAGAGUGGGGUGAUCGUAAACUUGUGCUCAAGUGGUAACUGGAGAAAAAAAGGGAAAGCCAUCCAGGUCAGGAGAUGCACUGCUUCCUCUGAGCUGCUUACAAACCUAAGGAUGAAAUAAUGAAUUCAUCCAGGAGGGGUUUUCAAGAGAAUGUCAACAAAGACUAUUAUGAUGAGCGACUUGAUCUCCUAUUUUAAUGACUGUAUGAGUUUCUAUUAACAUGGCCAGUUAUUUAUUCUUAAUUGGUUACCUUAACCCGAAUGAAUCGGUGUGUACUGUAAUCCCUCUUUCCUAAAGCAAAUUAAAUGUUUUUUGAACAAAGA